UGCCCGCUCCCGGCGCUGCCGAUCCUGCGGUGGCUCCCGCGCUAUUCCUGGGCCUGGCUGCCGCUGGACCUGCUGGCCGGGCUGGCCGUGGGACUGACCACCGUGCCCCAGGCGCUGGCCUACGCCGAGCUGGCCGGGCUGCCGCUGCAGUACGGUCUCUACUCCUCCUUCAUGGGCUGCUUCGUCUACUGCUUCCUGGGCACUGCCAAGGACGUGACGCUGGGACCCACGGCCAUCAUGUCCCUGCUGGUGUCCUCGUACGCCUUCCACGAGCCCGUCUAUGCCGUGCUCCUCGCCUUCCUGUCCGGCUGCAUUCAGCUGGCCAUGGGGCUCCUGCACCUCGGGUUCCUUCUGGAUUUCAUUUCCUGCCCUGUCAUUAAAGGGUUUACAUCGGCUGCUUCCAUCACCAUCAGUUUUAACCAGGUCAAGAACAUUCUGGGGCUGCAGGGGAUCCCGAGGCAGUUUUUCCUGCAGGUUUACGAGACGCUGCGGAGGAUCGGGGAGAGCAGGGCUGGGGACGCCGUGCUGGGGCUGACCUGCCUGGCUGCGCUGACCGGGCUCCGGGCCAUGAAGAGCCGCCUGCCCCGAGCCUCCUCUGCAGAGCCAUUUGUCUCCUCGUACCCCAUCACGGGCAGCUUUGGCCGGACGGCGGUGAACGCUCAGUCAGGGGUGUGCACCCCGGCGGGAGGGCUGGUCACAGGUGCCCUGGUCCUGCUGUCCCUGGCSUUCCUCACCUCGCUCUUCUACUUCAUCCCCAAAGCGGCGCUGGCCGCUGUCAUCAUCUCGGCCGUGCUGCCCAUGUUCGACGCCGGCAUCUUCCGCACGCUCUGGAGGGUUAAGAGGCUGGACCUCGUGCCCCUGUGUGUGACAUUCCUGCUCUGUUUCUGGGAGGUGCAGUACGGAAUCGUGGCUGGGGUUUUGGCUUCGGGGCUGCUGCUGCUCUACUCCACUGCCAGGCCCCCGGUAAAGGUGACAGAGGGGACAGUGCUGCUGGUGCAGCCGGGGAGCAGCCUGCACUUCCCAGCCAUGGAGCACCUGCGGGACGCGGUGUGCGGGCACGCCCUGGCAGCAGCAUCUCCACCACGCUCCGUCAUCCUGGACUGCUGCCACGUCAGCAGCAUUGAUUACACGGUGGUGCUGGGGCUG